AUAUACAUAUAUUCUAUGAUCAAAACGCUUUCUCAGUGCUGCCAGUAUUUACAGUGAAUAUCCGAGUAGAGUUUGUAUUUCACACGAGGAGUAUAUAAUGAUGCACGAGAACACACGAUAUAGCGACAAAUCUUGUGUCAGUAUAUUUGUUAGUUGAUUAUUUAAAUAAUUGAUCGAAUAUAUUAUCAUCACAUUCUUGUCAUCGAAUCAUCGCCCUUCCGAGGAAAGGAAAUAUUUAUCUUAAAAAGGGGAGGCAUUUCAUCCCAUGACAGUGCUUAAUUUUCUUCCAACAAAUAUGGAACACGUGCCGCACAUGUGGGAAGGAUUAAUAAAAAAAACGAUGUAAUACUCUGUUGUGAUUUCUCUACAGAGAACUACACAGAAGACACGUUGGAUAAGAUUAGAAUCGUGAAAUUGAACAUCGGAUCGACCAUCAUUCUGAAGGGAGACACAAGAUUACUCUGUCGGACAUAUCGGUAACGAUUGGGGAUCUAGUGGCGAUCGGUAUCGUUAAUCAUCAAGGAUUUUACAUAACGAUCAAAAUGGCAUCCAAUCCAAUGGCGCAAAUGAAUACAUAUCUGUCAUAUGUGACCAUGCUGGCUGAUCCAGUUUCGAAAGAUGAGCUAAAAUUAAAGGCAGCCCAAGAAUUAUCAGAAAAUUUUGAGAUCAUUAUGUGUUCAUCACAAUAUUCAACAUUUCUGGAUCAUAUGAUGAAGAUCUUUCUGAAAAUAUUGCAAGAGGGAGAACCGCACUUCAUAUCAGAAUAUAAUAUCCAACAAGUUAGAAAAUUGAUUCUGGAAAUGAUACACAGAUUACCGAGUAACGAAUACUUGCGCCCGUAUGUCAGGCAAAUUCUAACUCUUACAUUCAAAUUACUAGAAACAGAUAAUGAAGAAAACGUGCUGGUGUGUUUACGUAUCAUUAUUGAUCUACAUAAGCAAUAUAAACCGAUAUUUAAUCCGGAUAUACAAUACUUCCUUCAAUUUGUCAAAUCAGUGUAUAGCGAAUUGCCAAAAAAUUUAUCAAAAAUAUUUGAACCACGUUCUCCUCUACGCGUAAAAGAUUUGUCAGAAAUUAACAUAGAAGCCUUAUUAAAAGAAACGUUCACGAUUACAGCGAUACAAAGUGAAAAGAAAGCAGCUGAUGGUACUGUCGUGACGUAUAAUUUGAUUCCAAAAGCAGUGUUAUCUCUCAAAGUGCUUCAAGAAUUGCCAAUAAUUGUAGUAUUGUUGAAUCAGUUAUACAAGCAAAACGUACAUCAAGAAGUGUCAAACUUUGUUCCAAUUGUAAUAACGACCAUUUCACUACAACCUAGUCCCCAACAUCGAGCAUCACCCGGAUUCAAUAAGGAAGUCUUUGUUGACUUUAUGGGUGCACAAGUUAAGACACUUUCAUUUCUCGCAUACGUCAUAAGAUCGUAUCAAGAUUUAAUAUCUCAAAACAGUACAAUGUUAGUCAAAGGUAUACUAGGUUUAUUUACUCUCUGUCCCAUGGAAGUAGCUCAUUUACGCAAGGAAUUAGUAAUAGCUUCGCGUCAUAUACUUGCUACGGAUCUGCGAAAUCACUUUAUCCCACAUAUGGAAAUUUUCUUCAAUGAAGAUAUUUUUAUUGGCCAUGGUUGGACCGCUCAUGAGGUCCUUAGACCGCUGGCUUAUUCUACACUUGCUGAUUUGGUUCAUCAUGUAAGACUUCAGUUACCCCUCAGUGAUGUUUCUAGAGCAGUACAUUUAUAUGGUAAAAAUCUGCUUGAUCAAACUCUGCCUACAGCUGUUCAAAUGGUUUCAUGUAAGUUAUUGAUGAACUUAGUGGAUACAGUUAGACAAAGAUCUGACGCUGAAAACAGCAAUCAAGGACGGGAAUUAUUGAUGCGUAUUCUGUUGGUUUUCGUCUUGAAAUUUAAAACCAUUGCCAAGAUCUAUAUUCCAAUUUUACGAAACAAAACGAAACAGUUGCGACCCACUAUUACGGACAAUACAGCCGAGGAUACAAAACCGUGUAUCGAUGUAAAUGAGGAAAAAGAACCACCAAAAUCAAAAUUCGGUUUUCCGACCUCGCAAGCAAUGAGCUACAACGUGGCGGAUUAUAGGAAUCUAGUGAAGAGCUUGGUACACGGUGCUAAGGCUAUAACAUCUAAUUGCAUCAACAGAACCAGCGAAGUAACGCAAUCUAAUCAGCUUCAACCGAAGGAAACUUUGAUCUACAUACAGCUUGUUAAAUGGGCGUUGCCGGCUCUAGAUAUCUUUACAAUAGGACCACCUACGGUCGGUGUUCCUGCGCAACCAGGUAGACCAGCACAAUCUCAAACUAUACGAACGAGAGAAGAAAAAGAGGUGUUAGAUCUUUUUGGGAAUGUGUUUACGCAAAUGAACCCCCAAACAUUCCAAGAGAUAUUCUCCGUAUCCAUAGAUUAUAUGGUUGAGAGGAUAUUCAAGAACUGUGCCCUGCAAAUAAUUGGGAGUGCUUUCUUAUCGAGUCACACAAUCUCAUCGACAUUCGCGACAAUACUAGUAGAAUAUCUAUUGGAGCGAAUGAGCGAAAUGGGUUCUAACGUGGAACGUAGCAACUUGUAUCUGAAAUUAUUUAAGCUUGUUUUUGGCAGCGUAUCUCUCUUCCCAGCUGAAAAUGAGCAUAUGUUACGGCCACAUUUGAAUCUAAUCGUGAAUCGUGCUAUGGAACUCGCUAUGUCGGCGAAAGAACCGUACAAUUAUUUUCUGCUAUUGCGCGCACUGUUCCGAUCUAUUGGAGGAGGUUCACACGAUUUAUUAUAUCAAGAAUUCUUACCUCUGCUCCCUAACAUGUUGGAAGGAUUGAAUAGGUUGCAAUCUGGUUUACAUAGACAACAUAUGAAAGAUCUCUUUGUAGAAUUGUGUUUAACCGUCCCAGUGCGUCUUAGUUCACUCUUGCCAUACCUUCCAAUGUUGAUGGAUCCAUUAGUUUCUGCUCUUAACGGAAGUUACUGUUUGGUGAGUCAAGGUCUGCGUACUCUGGAAUUAUGCGUAGACAAUCUUCAACCAGAUUUUUUAUACGAGCAUAUACAACCAAUUCGUGCAGAAUUAAUGCAAGCACUCUGGAGGACGUUACAUAAUUCUAAUGAUCAAGCUCACGUUGCCUUUCGAGUUCUUGGCAAAUUUGGCGGUGGAAAUCGAAGAAUGAUGAUCGAGCCACAGAAAUUAGAGUAUAACGAUCGUGAAACCAAUUCGCCUAACGUAGUAGUCUACUUCCAAGGACUUUCUCAAUCGAUCGAUUUUCCAAUGGAAAAGGUAAUUGAGGCUGCGUUUAAUGCAUUGAAAGCUUCUACAACAGAUUUGUUCUAUCGCAAGCAAUGUUGGGAGAUCAUAUAUUGCUACUUAGCAGCAUCUUUAAAAAUGGACGAUGCUGCAUAUCUGUGGUAUGAUCUGUUUACUCAUUCAAGUUUUAAAGAAAGCGAGAUAUCGCCUCAGCAAGGAUCACACUAUAGAUGCCCUGAUGCAGUAGCGCGAAAUGUACAGCAGAUCGCAUUGACUGGCAUGUUUGUUGCCGCGGAGAUCAAAGAAUUGAGACCAUCGGUACUCGAGACCGUUGUUUCUAUCGUAAGACACUACACUAUGAUUGCGAUAGCGCAACAAGCUGGUCUUUUUAGUUGGACGGAACGGGAAAUUCGCAAGGAUAUACAAGGUCAAGAUCCGCUUGUUUUGAUCGAUGCUCUCGCCGUUAUAAUGGCUCAUGACGAAAGGGAACUAUAUAAAGUCGGAUAUUUAGCGCUUAUGCUGAUAUUGGAAACAGCAACCAAUAUUCUAGGUUCCAAGGAGCGGGCCUGCCAAUUGCCUUUUAUGGAGUAUUUGGCAGAGAGAAUGUGUUCAUUAUGUUAUGAGCGCGCCUGGUACGCCAAACUGGGUGGUUGCAUAGCGAUAAAGUUUUUAUUCGAACGAAUGGCUACCAAGUGGGUUCUUAAUCAUUUAUUCAUGUUUUUAAAGGCUCUCAUAUUCGUGAUGAUGGAUCUAACCGAUGAAGUAUCCAAUGGUGCAAUCGAUAUGGCGAAGGAAAAUCUAAGAAAAAUGUUACGAGUUUGCGUGAAUCCUGGUAUUCAAGAAGGCAACAUGGAACUGAGAGAAGCGCAAAGCAAGAGUCUGUACGAGGUCACUCGCGAACUAGUCAAACAGGUGACGUCACCGCAUACGAUUGUACGCGAACAGGCUAUGACCUCUUUACGUCAACUCGCCGAAAUACAAAACAAAUCAGUGGCUAAAGUCAUGGAGCCACAUAAAGAAGUUCUAGCAGAAAUGAUACCACCCAAGAAACAUCUCCUGAGACAUCAAUCUACCAAUGCACAGAUUGGUUUGAUGGAUGGUAAUACAUUCUGUGCUGCUUUGAAUCCACAACUUUUCACCAUCGAUUCAAAUACGCAGGAACAUAAAGUAUUUUUCCAGGAUUUGGUAAAUAUCUGUGAAGCAGAUGAGGCUAAUCUCAACAAAGUAGCUUGCUAUAAAUCGGUUACGAAUUUGACACCUUUAAGAAAGUCAGCCUUACGAGCACUCGUAAUUUACCAUUGCGCGGUAGGCUGGCGAGAAAAGAUACUUCAAGUUCUUUACAAAACUCUAGAAAGAUCCAAUGCCGAAUUGCAAGAAACAGCCUUUGAAUGUAUGAAGACAUUUAUCUCCGGGUUUCAACUCGACAUGGAAUCCGUUCAUUCGAUGAUGCGGCCUAUGCUAUUGACGCUGGGCGAUCACAGAAAUCUAAGUUUGAAUUGCGUCAGAAGACUAUCGUAUUUAACGCAGCUCUUUCCAAGCACUUUUAGUGUUACUCUCUGCGAACAGAUGCUGCAACAUGUGAAGAAAUUUUUGGAAAAUUUGAUUCAGUCCCACAAGGGUAUAUCAAAGUCUGGUGAAAACGAACAAAAGAUUACCAUUAUUAUCGGGAUAUAUCACAACAUCCCGGCAUCACUUCCUAAAUUUAACGACGCUCUCUGCAGACUCAUAUUACAAACUGAAAAAUCACUUCUAGUUGAGGUCUCCAGUCCUUUUAGAGAACCUCUGAUGAAAUGUCUCCUUCGUUAUCCGACAGACGCGCUCAAUCUAUUUUUACAUGACAGCAAUAUCAAAGAUCAACAAUGGAGCAGAUAUCUGGAGUAUCUUAUUAGCCAUAAAGAUGGCAAACCAUUCCGCGAUAUUUUGCACAAUAGUACGGCGCGGCUUGUCACGAUGUUGCUCGCUCACUCACAAACAAACUCCAAUUUGACUCAUAUGGAGAAGAGCGAAGUUCAGUAUCGAGCGAUUAAGAUCAUCGGUAUUCUCAUUAAAUACGACGAGCAAUGGUUCUCUACCCAGAGCCAAUUGGUAGGCGCAUUGAAACAGAUCUGGUACAACGAUGAUUAUCAGGCGCUGCACAAAAAAGUCGAGGGCGUCGAAUAUUGCCACUGGAAGGAGCCGAAACACAUUGUAAAGAUUCUGCUACAUUAUUUCCGUCAUCAACCGAAUGAUAUCGAUCUGCUAUUUCAACUACUUCGAGCCACGUGCGACCGGUUUGUGCCGGAUUUUCAGUUUUUGAGAGAUUUCUUAGAAAAUACAGUGGCGCAGGAAUACACUGUUGAAUGGAAAAGAAGCGCUUUUUUCCGAUUCGUCGAACAUUUUCCUACGAACAAUAUGUCACAGGAGUUGAAGGCCAAUGUUCUGCAGCUGAUUAUAAUUCCAUGUUUUGCGAUAAGCUUCGAACGAGGCGAAGGUACAAAACUGGUCGGAGGUGCACCGAUGCCUUAUAAGGAUGAUCAAGCGGAGAAUGUUGUGUCGGUAUUUAUUAGCAAGAUAAUCGAUCCGGACAAUCCGUUCGGCUCCGCUGACUGUGUUCGCAUUUCUCUAUUACAAUUCUCCUGUCUGCUAGUGGAACAGGCAUCGCAGCAUAUUCACGAUGUAACUAACAAGAAGCAAGGAAAUAAACUACGUCGUUUGAUGACUUUCGCUUGGCCUUGUCUAUUAGGCAAAAAUUGCGUGGAUCCAACGACUAGGUACCAUGGACAUCUUCUUCUUAGUCAUAUAAUUGCUAAAUUUGCAAUUCAUAAACGCAUAGUAUUACAAGUGUUUCAUAGUUUGCUGAAGGCACAUGCCGUGGAUGCGCGUAAUGUUGUACGGCAGGCAUUAGAAAUAUUGACGCCUGCAAUGCCUGUACGGAUGGAAGAUGGUAAUACUAUGUUAACUCAUUGGACAAAAAAGAUUAUAGUGGAAGAGGGUCACUCUAUGCAGCAGUUAUCUCAUAUUUUGCAAUUAGUUGUAAGGCACUAUAAGGUUUAUUACCCCGUUAGGCAUCAUCUAGUCCAACAUAUAGUAAACUCGAUUCAACGUAUAGGAUGCACUCAAACUGCUACUGUCGAACACAGGCGACUGGCUCUUGAGUUAGCGGAAGUUAUCGUAAAAUGGGAGCUAUAUAGAAUCAAAGAAGAAGCCGAAGCUACGGAAUCUAAGACCAUCGUGCAACCAUCAGGCAUUAAACGCACGCUUAUCGAAGAUCCAUCUGGUAAACGCAUGAGCUCACAGAUAACACCACCCAGUAACAGUCCCGUUCCUCUCAUUUUACCUAGACUCGAGCCGGGAUCAACGAAGCCCAUCGAAAGAUCUCAUUCAGACGCCGUUUUAAAUUUCUUACUGCGUCUCGCAUGUCAAGCGAACGAUGUAACAACGAUCCAUGGUAAUCCAGGCGAACAAAUAUCUAGACGUUGUGUUGCUUUAUUGAAGAUGGCACUUAAACCUGAUGUUUGGAUUGCUGAACAAUGUGAUUUAAAACUGGCUUGGCUCGAUAAAGUUCUCGCUAGUGUGGAUAACACUCAGCCCAAUUAUGCUAAUAUCAGCACAGCUCUAGAAGUAUUAACAUUUCUGUUGGGCGUAAUGAAACGUGAACAGAUACUCGUUAGUUUUAAACCUUUGCAACGAGGAAUAAGUGCAUGUAUCGCCAGUAGUAAUACUAAAAUCAUACGUUUAGUACACGCCUUGUUGUCACGAUUAAUGACGAUUUUUCCGGCCGAACAAACAUCUACAAACGUAGCAUCUAAGUAUGAGGAACUAGACACAUUGUACUCAACUGUAGGUAGAUUUAUAGCUGAAGGUCUGACCACUUAUGAAAAGACGAGUACAGCCAUGCCGAGCUCACUUUUCGGUACGCUUAUGAUGCUUAAAGCAGCCUGCACAAACAAUCCUAGUUAUAUCGAUCGUUUGAUAACUCCAUUUAUGAGAGUACUACAUAGGAUGACAAAAGAGCAUUUGCACCCCACACAAACCGAGAGCAAUCCAGUUACAAACGAAUUGUUAAUUCUCAGUCUAGACUUAGUGAAAAAUCGUGUAGCAGUAAUGAGUGUCGAUAUGCGCAAAUCGUUCAUAGGUACAAUCUUGGUUGGUUUGAUCGAAAAGACGCAAGAUGUUAAAGUGAUGAAAGCCAUCACGAAGAUAUUGGAGGAAUGGAUGAAAAAUAAGAGUACUAUCGCGAUUAAUCAAGCUCCAAGUUUGCGCGAGAAAUCUAUUCUGCUGGUAAAAAUGAUGCAAUACGUCGAGAAACGCUUUCCUGAAGAUUUGGAGCUAAAUAGGCAAUUCUUAGAGCUAGUGAAUUAUGUUUACCGCGAUGAAAGCUUGAAGGUGACGGAAUUGGCAUGUAAAUUGGAACAAGCUUUCCUGGCCGGUCUACGCUGUGUACAACCGCAAGUAAGAGCGAAAUUCUUCGAAGUAUUCGAUAAUUCGAUGAAGAGGCGAUUAGUCGAUCGUAUUUUGUACAUUGUUGUCAGCCAGAAUUGGGAGAACAUAGGACCCCACUAUUGGAUUAAACAGUGUAUCGAAUUACUGUUGGCUACCGUAAACCCGGCUACUAUGGUACAAAUGACCAAUGAGGAUCUCUUGUUGCCCAGUAUCUCGUCCAUCAUGCAGGGAGGCAUGGAAAAGGAUAGCAAGGAUCAAACGCACUUUGUCUGCCGUCUCGAUCGCGCUGACGAAGUGCAGUCACACGAUACCGAAGCUGAAGGAGAUUUAAAAGAGACAGUUCUCGAGGUGGACGCUUGGAUGUCCAAUCUGAUGAAUUCUCCGGAUUUCACGAGUGCCAUCGUCGUCGCUGAUGAAAUCACUGAGAAACCCAGUCUGACGCAGAUGAUCCGCAAACAGAUACAUUUUAUGGAAAACGCAAAGAAAAUCAGAACGGAACAACUGUUGCUGGCGACCGCUCAACUCUGCCACUUGGAUACAGGUCUGGCAGAACGAGUCUGGUUGGACACGUUCCCACGAAUAUGGUCUAACUUGGAGGAACCCUAUCUCACUGCUAUAAUGGCAGAAGUGCCACCAUUCGUAGCUAGUGGCGCACACGUUAUUCAAAAAGAUUGCCAUCCGAGCGCGCUCGGUACUUUUCUGGAAUCAUUGGCGCACUGCAAUCCUCCGGUGGCCAUAGCACCAGCAGUAAUGAAAUAUCUGGGCAGAUCACACAAUGUUUGGCAUCGAAUAACUUUAAGUUUAGAGCAGAUGGGUGUUGAGAUGGCGGCAGAUAAUAACGGUGGUAAUGCGAAGAACAGAAGCGAGCCCGAUGUAUAUCGUUCGCCCGACGAGACCGAGCAAGUUGAAUGCCUCAGUCCUUAUUACGAGGUGAUGAAUAUGCUCUCAGAGAUGUACUCGUUGCUUUGUGAGGAGGACAUGUGGUCAGGUUUAUGGCAAAAGAGGCCUGCGCAUUACAAGGAGACCCUGCAUGCGAUUGCAUUAGAACAGCAAGGAUUCUUCGAGCAGGCACAAGGAGCGUACGAGGUGUGUAUGACGAAAUUCCGGCAGGAUUUUGCGUUGACUCCGGCUCCCUAUCAUCUCAACAUGGAAAUGCUUCUCUGGGAGAAACAUUGGGAACGUACAGUGAAAGAACAGAAUCAGUGGGAAAUUCUUCUGGAACUGGGUGGGCAUAACAAUUACAAUAAUCCCUUCCUCGUUUUGGAAAGUGCAUGGCGCAUUCCCAAUUGGUCAGUGAUGAAGGAAAUUCUCGCUCAGUUAGAGCAAAAUUGUCCAAGGGAAAUGUUGUGGAAGAUCAAUUUAUAUCGUGGAUUUGUAACAUUAUGCACCAAUGAAGAUCAACAUCUGAGUACCGUGGAACGUUAUGUUGAAAUGGCAUCUGCUAUGUGUAUGCGCGAGUGGCGUCGGUUACCUCGCAUUGUUAGUCACGUUCAUCAACCACUACUACAAGCAGCCCAGCAGAUCAUGGAGCUCCAAGAAGCAAUGCAGAUACAUCAAGGACUAUUACAUGGCAGGAAUAAUUCACUGCAUGAUAUGAAAGCUAUUGUCAAGACGUGGAGAAAUCGUUUGCCUGUAAUAGCCGAUGAUCUUAGCCAUUGGUCAGAUAUCUUCACAUGGCGACAGCAUCAUUAUAGUUUUAUCUCGAAUCACUAUGAUUCUCAGCAAGACCAAACGGCCAAUCACUCGUUACUCGGCGUACAUGCUUCUAUGCAAGCGAUCAUUCAUUUCGGCAAGAUUGCAAGAAAACAGAAUCUCUGUGGCGUGUGUUUAGAUUCGCUGGUCAAAAUUUAUAAUAGUCCCACAAGCGUACCUAUGGUAGACUGCUUCCAAAAAAUCAGACAACAAGUAAAAUGCUACUUGCAGAUGGCCACUAUGGGAGGACAAAACGAAUUACAGGAGGGUUUAGAAGUUCUAGAGUCUACUAAUAUGGGUUAUUUUACGAAAGAAAUGAUUGCAGAAUUUUACGCGCUCAAGGGUUUGCUUCAAUCACAAUUAGGUCGUUCUGACGAUGCCAAUAAGAGUUUCUCCGCUGCAGCCCAAUUACAUGACACAUUAGUUAAAGCUUGGUCCCUAUGGGGUGAUUAUCUUGAAAAUAUUUUUAUACGCGAUGCUCGUCAGAUCAACAUCGGUAUAAAUGCACUCGUAUGCUUCCUGCACGCUUGCAGGCAUCAGAACGAAUCCAAAUCUAGGAAAUAUAUUGCUAAAAUUUUAUGGCUACUUGCAUACGAUGACGACAAGUCAUCGCUUAUAGAAACCGUGGAUAAGUACGCCGUAGGUGUGCCGGCUAUUCAAUGGUUACCUUGGGUACCGCAGUUAUUGAUGUGUCUGAUACGUCACGAAGGAGAUGGUAUUCUAAACUUAUUAAGUCAAGUUGGCCGUAUGUUUCCUCAAGCGGUUUAUUUCUCUAUUCGUACAAUAUAUCUGACAUUGAAGAUAGAGCAAAGAGAGAGACACAAAAGCGGCGAAUUAACUGCGAGUAAGAGUCAGGACGGUGUUGAAGAUCGAGGCUCUACUACAACAAGUAACGUACCACAACGCGGAAUACCAGAAACAGGUCAUACAGUACGAGCCACGAUACCUAUGUGGAGAUGUUCAAAAAUUAUGCAUAUGCAAAGAGACAUUCAUCCAACUCUCUUAUCUAGUUUAGAGGGUAUAAUCGAUCAGAUGGUAUGGUUCCGUGAGACGUGGUAUGAAGAAGUUUUAAGGCAAUUGAGGCAAGGACUCGCAAAAUGUUAUGCAAUAGCAUUUGAGAACCGUGGCGCUGUUAGUGAAGCUACUAUUACACCACACACAUUAAACUUUGUGAAGAAAUUGGUAUCCACUUUUGGUAUUGGAAUCGAGAACAUAUCAUCUUCGCAAAACAUGAACAAUUCGUUUAGUUCAGCAGCAUCAGAAUCCUUGGCACGAAGAGCCCAAGCCACCGUACAAGAUCCCGUUUUUCAAAAAAUGAAGGGUCAAUUUACGAGUGACUUCGAUUUUACUGUGCCUGGAGCUAGGCUGCUUCACAAUCUCAUUAGCAAAUUAAAGAAAUGGAUAAAGAUUCUUGAAGAAAAGACGAAACAGCUUCCAAAAUCUUUCUUGAUUGAAGAGAAAUGUCGCUUUUUGAGCAACUUUAACUUAAGAACUGCGGAAGUUGAAUUGCCUGGUGAAUAUCUGAUACCUAGGCACUCACAUUAUUCAGUAAAGAUAGCAAGAUUUAUGCCGCGCGUCGAGGUAGUUCAACGACACAACACGACUGCGAGGAGAUUACGCAUUCGUGGUCACAAUGGUCGCAUCUAUCCUUAUUUAGUAGUGAACGAUGCUGGUCUGGGAGAUGCCAGACGUGAGGAACGCCUGUUACAACUGUUGCGCAUGUUGAACCACUACUUAACCAAGCAAAAAGAAACAUCGCGCCGCUUCUUGCACUUUACAGUACCACGACUCGUUGCAGUCUCACCACAUAUGCGCCUUGUAGAAGAUAAUCCAGCAGCCAUUUCUCUAUUAGAUAUUUACAAACAGAGUUGUACCAAAUUGGGAAUGGAGCAUGAUGCUCCUAUCGCUAGAUAUUAUGAAAAACUGGCUGCCGUACAAGCACGAGGUGCCCAAGCAAGCCAUCAAGUAUUGCGAGACAUUUUAAAGGAAGUGCAGACCACAAUGGUUCCCAAAACUAUGCUCAAAGAUUGGGCAAUGAAAACAUUUCCCGGUGCCACUGAUUAUUGGACAUUCAGAAAAAUAUUUACUCUGCAGCUGUCUUUAGCAUGUUUUGCCGAAUAUGUACUCCAUCUUACACGACUCAAUCCUGACAUGAUGUACGUACAUCAGGAUUCAGGUCUAAUCAACAUCGCGUACUUUAAAUUUGACAUUGAUGAUACUUCUGGAGAGUUGGAUGCGAACAGACCAGUACCUUUCCGUCUGACGCCUAAUAUCUUCGAAUUUCUUACAACUAUAGGAGUUUGCGGACCGUUAACCGCUAGUGCGAUUGCCACGGCGCGUUGUUUAGUUCAGCCCACGUUCCAAUUGCAUGCUAUACUGCGCGCUAUUUUGCGGGAUGAAGUAAUUGCUGAUCACAAACGACAAGAGGAUGCUGAGGGCACGUCGCAAGCGCCAACUGAUCCAAAAGGUGAACUCCUGAUAACAAUGGUAACUCGUGCAGUCACCGCUAUCAUCAACAGACUGAAUUCUCUAGCAAAUUUUGAUGGCAUUGACAGUAAGGUCAGCACAUUGGUAGCUGCUGCCAAUAGUCACGAUAAUCUCUGUAGAAUGGAUCCCUCGUGGCACCCGUGGAUGUAA